UUAAAUUUGCUAACAGUGUUUUGAUAUAUCGGAGGUUAUUUUUGGAAUUUCAAAUUCACAGUACAGAACCGAAACGAGAGAGAGAAGAAAGGGCACUGUGUUUUCGUAUCGUCUUCAAAAAAAAAAAAAAAACGAACUUUCAAGAAAAUUUUCUGAUUUCCCAUCGUUUCGAUUUUUUUUUUGUUGGGGAAAAUUCUUCGAUUCAUCGAACUGGAAAAGAAAAACCCUUUCUUUGAUUCAUCUGUACAGAGAUAUGGUUGAUGUAGCCGACAAGGUGGCUUAUUUUCAAGCCAUUACAGGUUUAGAAGAUUCCGAUUUGUGUACCGAGAUCCUCGCCGCCCAUGGUUGGGACCUCGAACUCGCGAUCUCCAAUUACACUUCUCCCAAUUCCAUUCCACCGGAAGAGAUUCCCAUAGUUCAAACACCAUCGACCGCCGGAGUUGCCGGAGGAAGAUCCUCUUCCUCCUCCUCCUCCGGUUCUGAAUUUCCUGAAUCUUCGGUGAGAGUCCCUGGUCAACCUGGUUUGGCUUGGAAGAUAAUUACUUUACCGAUUUCUGUUAUUUCUGGUAGUCUAGGGUUAAUCUCUGGUGCGAUUGGGCUGGGAUUGUGGGCUGCCGGUGGUGUUUUGUCGUAUUCGUUGGGUGUUGUUGGAUUAGGUCAUGGAAGGAAUGGGGAUUCUUCAUCGUCUACAACACCGUUGGUUUCGGUUUCGGCUGCUGCAUCUGAAGCAAUGGAGUUCGUUGCUGGUUUUGAGAGGGAUUAUGGUUUGAGAAGACCCAAUUUCGUUAGUGAAGGGUUUAUGGAUGCUUUACAGAGAUCGAGGAAUGAGUUUAAGCUUUUGUUUGUGUAUUUACACUCGCCUGAUCAUCAAGAUACUCCUUUGUUCUGUGAAAGAACACUCUGUUCGGAGGUGUUGGUGGCUUUUGUUAAUGAAAAUUUCGUGUCUUGGGGUGGGAGUAUUCGAGCUAGUGAAGGGUUUAAGAUGAGUAAUAGCUUGAAAGCUUCUAGAUUUCCUUUCUGUGCUGUUGUAAUGGCUGCCACUAAUCAGAGGAUUGCUUUACUUCAGCAGGUUGAAGGUCCGAAAACUCCUGAAGAAUUGCUUACAGUAUUGCAGAGAGUGCUUGAAGAAAGUGCUCCAGUUCUCGUUACAGCAAGGCUUGACGCAGAGGAAAGGAGAAGCAACAUCCGUUUAAGGGAAGAGCAAGAUGCUGCUUAUAGAGCUGCUCUUGAAGCUGAUCAAGCUAGGGAACGCCAAAGGAAAGAGGAGCAAGAACGUCUGGAAAGAGAAGCUGCUGAAGCUGAGAGGAAGCGCAAAGAGGAAGAAGAGGCUCGUGAGAGAGCAGCACGUGAAGCAGAGGAGAAAGCAGCUGCGCUCGCUAGGAUUCGACAAGAAAAAGCCCUAUCCCUUGGUGCUGAACCUGAAAAAGGACCUAAUGUAACACAGGUUUUGGUGAGGUUCCCAACCGGAGAACGCAAGGAAAGAAGGUUCGACAGCACAGCAACAAUCCAGACCGUGUAUGAUUAUGUCGAUUCAUUGGGAUGUUUAGAGGUGGAGAAUUACAGCCUGGUCUCAAACUUCCCUCGCAUGGUUUAUGGCCCCGAGAAGCUGGCGCUAUCUUUGAAAGAAGCCGGGUUGCACCCUCAAGCCAGCCUUUUUGUGGAGCCAAACUCAUAGAAGGGGUUUAGUCAUGUAAUGAUGAUAUUAUUAAGAGUGACUGGUUAUGAAGAAACAUAUUAGUUUAAGGAGAGAAUUCCAUAGUUGAGAAUAUAUAUAUAUACUUGAAAUUUUACCUCUUCUAUCUAACCAUUUCAUGUUUGGUUCAGGAGAAGUGAGUCAUAGCUAUAUAUUAUAUAUAAGAGUAAUUUGCGGUAUAAAUUCUUAAUUUAAUUUUUAGUUGCAAAUAAAUAUUUAAGUUUAAUUUUUGACGGUAAUAAUAUAUAAGUUAUAUUUUUUGAA